AGCCAUUGCUGCACGGUCGUGUUCACAUCGUCAUCGUCGUGUUUUUGUUUUUAUAAACCUGCCGUUAUGGCUCAUACAGCACAAGCAAAUGCAUUCGACGCCAACAACCCUCAAAUCCAGGUGGAACACGACAAAAAGCGUCGACAGUUUGUCAUAAGACUAAACGGGUCUCACGAUCGUGCAGUUCUUCUGUAUGAAUACGUUGGGAAGAAGACGGUGGACCUGCAACACACUGAAGUUCCAGAUGCUUACAGAGGGAGAGGAAUUGCCAAACACCUGGCCAAGGCGGCCAUGGACUUUGUGGUGGAAGAAGAUCUGAAAGCUCACCUGACCUGUUGGUACAUUCAGAAAUACGUCAAAGAAAAUCCUCAACCUCGUUACUUCGAACAUAUUUACCAAUGACCUCACGUGGUGCCAAAAGACAGGCGAGAGAGAGAGUGACUCUCAGAAGUGAGGUAAGCUUUGGAUUUAAAGGCUUCCAUACAAAAAAAGACCUUCCAGGCAUUGUGAGAAGGAAGCAGCUGAUCUCCUUGCACGAAACUUCAACGCUGACUUGACUUGGUCACAUCUAUCCGCAACAAGGGGAAGCUCCUUCGGCAGAAAACAGGACAUCAAUCAGCUGACUUGAGUCCAAUGUCUCUAUCAGAUGGAAAAGCUUCAGGGUGUGAAUUCUUCACCUGUGUGUAUCUGAAUGAAAUGGGAGUCUCCUUUUAUUUGCUCACAGGUAGAAGUCAGAGCUUAUAAAGUGUCUGCACCUUUGUUUUUCUUCACGAUGGUUUAACAGAAUUUUCACGUAAUUUGGCAUUUGUUUUCAUUUGACCUUCCCUCUGCCGCCAUGUUCUGUUGAAAUGCAUGUUGUGGUAAUUUUUUUCACUGAGGUUAUGACUUCAAAUGUGUAAGAAUUUAAAUUAGCACCAGACAAAGUAAAUGAUGCAAGACAACCUUGCGCUAGUUUAAAAGAAAUCAGACAAAUCUAUAGUUUGGUAAGAAUGUAUUUUCAACCUCACAAGAAAUUUACAAAUGAGACUGUUUGUUAAAACUCAUUUCGCAACACAGCUUUUUUUUCUUGGGCUGAAAUUUUGUUGAAAAUGCAUAUUUUGGGGAUAUUCGGGUGCUCUAUAACAAUAUACCCAUGUGAUUUCCUCCACAUAUUUACCCAACCCCCUUUUUUUUUUUUCUGUUGGUCUGUAACCACUUUACUACGGGGUCAUACAUUGGCUUGUUUAAGGCAAAGCUUGUUUUUUUUUUGGUGUUUUUUUUUUUUUUUUAUCUGGAAAGAAUACAGGUGACACAAGCCUUUUUAUUUAUGACACCCAUGUGAUAGCCUGUCACUGUGACGCGUGCAAAUGGACAAACCAGCAUUUUAAAAACAGCACAGCUGCAUCCAGGGUAUUUCUAUUCAAGUUCCACCACAUCCUUUGUUGAUUCUAGAACUUGAAACUGGAUGGCUGAAGUUUACACAUCACAUUCUAUUGUUGUGUCAUUUUCUUUCUGCACCACAAGGAAUCAUACUUGUGGAUUUCACAAUGAGAUAUUAUUGUGUUUCAAAUUUUUCACUGUGGUUUUCCCUAGUUUGGCUCACUUUGCUGUUGACAAUCUAGGUGUUGAGGAGAAACAAACCUCAGGAAGUUGCUUACACUCUGGCAGAACUACAUUCACAUGCAGGGCCAAUUGUCUGCUUUAAAUGCAGAAAAUCACAAGCUUAGGUGGCAAUCACCUAUUAAUAGGCAAUAUUUCAUUUUUUGUUUAUAUGUAUGUGUGCAUUAUCUUGAGAGCAGAUUGACUUAACCCUUUCAAACAUUCACUUGACUGGUAAAAUGUGUUGUUUUGUG